AUGCACGACUCCAUCACAAUGUUCUUUAUCAACGACGAAAAUAAACGCAGCAACCGUAAGAACACUCACUCGUCCGUAGUAUUCCGUGAACCAGUCGAAUUACCCAUUUGGGAGACGAACUUCAAACGUCUCACCUAUCAGAACGACAAUGUGGAGCUCAUCAUAAAUGAAAAGGGAGAACUCUGUAGGGAUUUGGUUGAUGGGCCUGGUGAUCGGAUUGACGAUCGUCUGCAUACUGAUCACCAUCAUUACGUGUUGUUACUGUUUGAUGAGAACUGA